UCGGAGGAUCUAGUCACCGACACAGCGAUGAACGACACGGGCACAUCUACAGAGUUCGUUGAGACUUUCUGGAUGAGAUUUCAGACAUACAUGGUUCCUGUCGUUUUUGUUCUUAUAUUCACAUUGGGGUUUGUUGGAAAUGGGACGGUGAUCCUCAUCUUCUUGCGACACCGGAAUAUGAGGAGUAUUCCCAACAUCUACAUCUUCUCUCUGGCUCUUGGGGAUCUUCUGGCCAUCAUAAGUUGCAUCCCCUUUAUCCUCAUCGUGUACACUUUUGACUCGUGGCCUUGGGGUGAAUUCAUUUACAAGAUAUGCGAGACUAUCAAGGACCUUUCCAUCGGAGUCUCCGUGUUCACUCUGACAGCCCUCAGCGUUGAACGGUACUACGCGAUCGUCCAUCCGAUGAAUCAGAAAAUGUCUACUAAACGUUUUGCAAUCAGGAUGGCCUUGGCAAUUUGGGUGAUUUCUAUCGCUCUUGCAAUUCCUGCAGGAGUAUUCUCUAAAUGUGAACAAAUUUUUAUCCCAACAGUGGAAGAUCCAUUUUAUAUCUGCUUACCUUUCCCCUCCAGGAAGCAUGGGAGGUUCGUGAUUACUUUACAGUUCUUGAUUUAUUACCUCAUCCCGAUCAUCAUGAUCGGUUUCUAUUAUUCCUUGAUGGCCAGACAUUUGGUGUUGUCCACCGGUCGCUUCCCCCAACAGCACGGGCAGGGCCAGUCAACUCAGAUGUUAACCCGAAAAAAAGUUGCAGUCAUGGCUUUAGCUUUCGUGAUCAUCUUCAUCAUUUGCUUCUUUCCUAUGCGGAUGUUCAUGCUGUGGUUCUAUUACAAUCCAGAUUGGGCGGAUGAUUACAAUGUCUUCUGGCAUUUCUUCCGCAUCAUUGGUUUCUACAUGGGGUACUUCAACUCUUGUGUGAAUCCUAUAGCCCUCUACUUCACGAAGUCCUAUCGGAAAUACUUCAACUAUUACCUGUUACGUUGCUCUUAUGGGACCUUAGACAAGAGUGAUCUUAUACAAACACGUCACUGUUGAGAGCCAUCAGUUGUUUGAUGCUCUCGGCUUGUGCAAGCGUACUUUUAAAGUUGCCGUGCUUGCUUGUGUGUUGACGGAUUUCGUUGAAAAAAGUACCGUUGGAAUUGUAAUAAAAAUUAGUAUCUGGUAAAUAAAUAUACUGUUUUUAUUUUGUUAUUUGGCUUCAAACAUUUUCAACGGUUGCCAUUUUGUUAUUAUUGAGGAAAUUCAUACAUUUUUGUAGUUUGGUGAUUGUAGAUUUACUAGUUCUACAGGUAAAAAUUUUUUUUAACAAAAAUACUAAAUGGUGGUUAGCCAAAAGACACAUUUCUAGACAUACAUGUAUAGCAAAUUUUUCAGUUGGAGUCAUAAGUAAUAUAAGCAACAGAAGGUUGUGACACCCUUUUGUAAACGCCCUGUAAUGAAUAUAUAUUGGAUAGGUAUAUAUCCGGGUUGGAACGGAAUAAUCUGUAUGUGUAACCACUGUACGCUGAAGUCUUGCGAUUUCCAGCUGGUGCAAUAGUUUUUUGUGGUGGGAGAGACCGUGGAGGGGAGGACGUUAGGAAUUCAUCCCUCUUCUAUGAACACUGCAUACGGUAUACCCUCCCGUGAUUCUUAUACCAAAUCAUUAUAACUAUAAUAAAUGUAAGCUAUAACAAUUAAUUUAGAAUUGUAAUAUAACAUUGCUAUGAGCAGGUGGUGUACCAAUAUCUUUUAGAUUAAUUUCAAUGGUGACGGCAGUAAAGAUGAUAUACAUAUGUAGCCAUUUUUUGAUCGUUGUUAUGGAUUUAUCCACUUGUGCCACUAGUAUACUCCAUAGAUUGUACUU